AUGUCUCUGUUUAAAACUAGAGAAUUCUGGUGCACUCGUUCGGAAGAUGACGAAUAUUUCGAUCAAAAUUCGUUGAUAGUGACGAGAUUGAAUACCGAAAGCGAUUUUAUAGUAACGGGAAGCCACAGUGGAGUUUUAAAAGUUUUUAAGCCGUCCAGUGAGGUGCAGGAGAAUAAAGCUCUAUCGGGAUUCAAACCAACCGAUUUACUGAUAGAGCAGAUUAUCGGAAAUGCGAUCUUGCAGGUUGGAGCUGGAAGAUUGAUAUCAGGCUCAUUAAAUUUUCAAAUAGCAGUUCUACAUAGUAGAAUUCUUUCUAUUUAUACGUUAAGUACGAAGGAAGGGUCAACUGAAUAUGGGACUCAAAACUUGCUGCACGUCCUUUACGAACAUCACUUGAAAAGAUCCGCAGCUAACUUUGUGAUCGGUCCUUUUGGGGGCAUAGGCAACCGGGAUUUCGUUUGCGUACAGUCGCUGGACGGGUUGCUUGUUUUUUUCGAGCAAGAAUCUCCGAGUUUCAGCUGUUUUUUGCCGGAUUUUCUGCUGCCGUCGCCGAUGUCUUUCGUUUUUAAAACCGACAGCUUCGUUACUUGUUCAUCGAACUGGUGUGUAGAAAGUUAUUGGUGA